AGAAAUCGACCCCUGCACGGGCCCUACACCGCAAGCCAUACCAGAAACUCCGUGGUGACCGCCACCCAAAUCUGGGACUUCACCAGAAAACUAAACUGGACACGCGCAAGGACACCCCGGAGGGCGACAUAUCCGCCAAAACCCAACGCUCCAGCAGUCACAACAGACCUUGUAACGAGCAG